AUGGCAAGAGCUCCAGAAGAAGGAUUAAGUUUGGCAGCUUUAAAUAAAGAAAUAGAUUAAUAUUCUACAGAUCCAUAAAUUAUCCAAUAAAUUGAAAAACAUUUUCAAGAUGUUGUGAGAGAUUUUAGUGGUGACCCAGAUUUAGAAUUAUUUAAGAUAAAAUAUGAAACUCUUUAUAAUUCUUUAAAAGAAAGUUAUGAAAAUGAAGUUAGAUGGACUAAAAAGUAUUAGAAUAGAAUAAUUUUAGAUGCAAAGAACAUAAUGGUGAAAUAGUAAUCUACACAUCAAAAGUUUAGAUGUCAUUAAAAAUGAUAAAUGAUGAUAAUCAAUAAUCAGAAACAUUUUAAAAAGAAUUAGAAGAAAAAUGGAGAAAAAUAGAAGAUCUUAAAAUCAAAGAGAAAGAACUUAAAGAAAGAAUUGUUUAAGCAAAAAUUGAAGUUGAAAAUGUAUUAUAUUAAAUUAAAAAUAUAAGUUAAAAAAAUAAUGUGAUAGAGUUGUUGAAGAUAUAGAAGAACAAAGUUAAAUAUAAUUAAAUGAUAAAAAAAGAUUAAUAGAUGAAAUAAAGAAGAGUAUAUAUAUUUUAUAUAUAAAAUUUUAGAUUUUUAAAGUGCUAAAUCUAAAUUUGAAUAUUUAGAAUAAUAGAAUAAAAAUUUAAAACAUGAUUUAGAUAAUGAAGAAAAAUAAUAUUAAGAUUAAAUUUAGAAAAUUAGCGAUUUAGAGGAAAAAAUAUCUAAAAUUGAUGUUGAUUCUAAAGAAUAAGAAAGAAGGAAGAAAAAUAAAGAAGUAAAAAUGGCUGAUAUUAAAUAAAAAAUUGAUUUAGCAAAAAAAGAGAUUGAAGAAAAGUAAUCUAGAAUUCAUGAUAUUAAAAAAUAAAUAGUAUCUACAAAUAAUACUAUUUUAAUAAAAAUAAAAGAAAAAGAAAGUUAGCAUACAAAAUAAAAAGAAGCUGAAGAUAAAUAUGCUGCUGCAUUAAAAGAUAGAGAAAAUUAAGAAGAAUAAUUAAAGAGUUAUAAAGAAUAAAUAAAAAUAUAAUAAGAAUAAUUAGAAAAAUUAUAAAUUGAAAUAUAAAAAGAAAAAAAAGAUGUAAAAAAAACACAUAAGGAACAAGAAAUAACAGCUAAAGAAAAAAAUAGAACUAUAAAAGAAAAGGAAGAAUAAUUAAUAGAGAAAAACACAAAAGAAAUGUUAAUUGAAACUGAAAAGAUUGAAUUAUAAUAGAAGAAAGAUAUUUUAGAUAAAAUAAAUGAAUAAAAUAGUUAAAGAAUUAAAUCAAGAACAUAAUAAUAGAAAACAUUAAAAAAAUAAGAAGAUGUAUAACAUUAGACUGAUGAAGAAAUUGUAAAUAAAGUUAAUAAAUUAAAAAAAGUAGAAAAUUAAGUAAUGGGAUAUGAAGCUAGUAAUGAAAGAAUUAAUAAAAUGAUAUUAUAAUUAUAAAGAGAAUAAGAAAAAUAUGGUAUAGAAGCAUCAUAAGCUCAUGCUAAAUUUUAUUAGACAGUUGAAGAAGUGAAAAUAAAAAAUAAUUAAAUAGCUGAAUAAUAAAAAUAAAUUGCUGAAGCUGAAGCUAGAUUAAAACAUUAAUAAUAAUUAUAUGAAACAGUAAGAAGUGAUAGAAAUCUUUAUUCUAAAAAUUUAUUAGAGAGUCAUAAUGAAAUUUAAGAAUUAACAAAAAAGUAUACAAGAAUGAAACAUUAAGUAGAUUAAUUAAAAGAAGAAAUUAAAACAAAAGAUUAGUAAUUAGUAAAAGAGGAUCUUGAAUUUCAUAAAGUUGAAGAAGAAAAUGCUAAAAUUGAAUAAGAUAAAGCUAAAGUUGAAAAAAAUAUUAAAGCAGAUGAAGAUCUAAUUAAAAAUUAAGAAAGUCAUAUUUCAAGAUUAAAAAAUAUUAUAUAAGGAGCAUAAACAGAAAAAUAAAGAUAAUAAAAGGAUUAUGAAAUGGUUGUAAAUGAAAGAGAUAUAUUAGGAACUUAAUUAAUAAAAAGAAAUUAAGAACUUUAAAUUCUUUAUGAAAAAAUAAAGUUAAAUUAAUCAAGUUUAAGUAAAGGAGAAAUUAAUUUUAGAGAAAGAGAAAUAGAAUUAAAAAGUUUAAAAGAUGAAUUAACUAAUUUAAGAAAUGAAUUAAAAGUAAUAGUUCUUUUAAAUAUAAGUCUACUUAAGAUCAAACUGCUUGUAUUGAUGAAUUAAGAAAAGAGAUAAAUAAUAUCGAAAAGGAAUUAUUAAAUGAGAAAAAUAAAGUUAAAGCUUUAUCAGAUGAAUUGGAGAAUCCAAUGAAUGUACAUAGAUGGAGAAAACUUGAAGCAACUGACUAAGAAAACUUUGAGAGAAUCUUAAAAAUUUAAACAUUAUAAAGAAGAUUAAUAGCUAAAACAGAAGAAGUAAAUGAGAAAGAAAACUUAAUAAAAGAAAAAGAAAAAUUAUUUAUGGAAUUAAAGAAUAUUUUAUCUAGAUAACCAGGUGUUGAAAUACAUUAAUAACUUGCUUAAUAUAAAGAAUCCUUAAAAGAAAAUGCAUCAAAAAUGAAAACAACAUUAAGUUAAUUGAAGCAAAGUUAAGAUUAUGUAUCAUUAUAAUUAAACAUAGGUUGAUAUGUUAAAAUUUGAAAUUGAUAGAAUGAAAGGAGAUUUAUAAGAGAUGAAAAAAACAUAUUUUUAAAUGAGAAAAGCAAAAGAUAAUGUAUUUAUAAUUUUUAGUUUAGGAUUUACUUUAAAAUGAUUAAAAUGGAGAGUAAGAAGCACCUUAAUAUAAUAGUGGUGGCAAUUAAAAUGAUUUACAAUCAUAUGCAUUAUUUGGAGUCAAUGCUAAUAGAAUAGGAAAUUGA